AUGCCAAGUACUCAAGCCCAGUCCGCCCGCGACAAGUCCGCGGCUGUCAUGGCGGCGCUGAAGAGAGGCGAUGAGGAGGAGGCGAAUAGGAUUAUGGGGAAGAAUAACAAUACCCAAGGCCAACUCGUGCCCCCAGGACCGAUGAAGUGGAUUAAACGGAAGUUGACUGGUGGGAAGAGUUCGCAUGGGAAGGAAGGACAAGGGCAUGGGGUGGGAUGGAGUAAAUAG